ACACAAGAGACACUCACGACUAUACAAGGUAUUAUAUCGACUGUCAUAUAUACACGUAUUAGGUCUGCUAUUGGAGACUAACUCACGACACCUAAAAACAUACAAGCAUGGUCUCCCAACGUGUAGACGAUGAUGGCGAUUACAUCGACGAAGACGAGGCUAAUGAGCUCUUCAUCGAUUCUGGGGAUGUUUUAGCAGAAGUCCCAGAUGAUGGCGAUCAUCCGAUGGACGAGGAGGACGAGGAAGAUGAGGGAGCUGAUGGGCUUGGAGACCUGCGAUCCUCUGAUAAUGUGGAAGUAAAAGACAACUCCGUGCAGCACUUUCCAAAUCACAAUGGAUCUGUCUUUGCUGUAUCUUGCCAUCCUACCGAACCUCUCGCGGCAUCUGGGGGGGAAGACGAUGUGGGAUACAUAUGGGAUAUCACUGAUGGGGAAGUGUUCGUGAAAUUAACGGGACACACGGAUAGCGUAACCAGCACUGCGUUCAGUGCGGACGGCGAGAUGGUUGCCACGGGUGGCAUGGACGGGAGAGUUAGGAUCUGGAGAAGGGUCGGUAGGGAAAACUACAGGCUCUGGGAGUUCUUGACAGAACUGCAAGGUCCGGAUGAAGUCAUGUGGAUACGAUGGCAUCCUAGGGGCGCCGUACUACUCGCAGGAUCAAACGAUACUACGGUAUGGCUCUGGCAGUUGCCCUCCGGAAAUACCAUGCAAGUAUUCGCGGGACACACGGGAGCAGUACAAUGCGGCGAGUUUACUCCAGACGGAAAACGCAUUGUGACUGCUUGCGCAGAUGGAACUUUAAUCUUCUGGGAUCCUCGAUCACCUACUCCAAUAUUCAAGCUCACGCCGGAAGACGCGCGAUUUGAUACUGAAGGUAUCACUUCUCUUGCGGUCAAUCAGUCGUCGACUCUUGCAGUUGUAGGAGGUACAACAGGUAGUGUCAGGGUAGUGAGUCUCAGCAAGGGCGAAGUUGUCGGUGCUCUGGGUGGUCACUCUGAAGGAGAGAGUAUCGAGGCCGUACAAUUCGUCGAUCUGACUGGAGUAGGUAGCGGCCCAGGAGUGGUAGUCACUGGCGGCACUGACGGUAAAGCAUGUAUAUGGGAUCUCUCAACCAUGAGACUACGUGCUACCCUGGAUCACCAGGAUUCGGUCACGUCUUUAUUAGCCCAUCCCUCACCUAAAAGUUACCUCGUUGUAUCAGGGUCUGCUGACAGCACUUUGCGCACCUGGGAUGCGCGGACUGGGACACUAGUCAAAGAACAUGGUGGCCAUCAUGGACCCGUGUUGGGGGCUGCUUUGGGGUUAGAAGGAUCUGUUGUUGUUAGUGCUGGCGACGACGGCGCGUGUCUUGUUUUCACAACAGAAGUUGCCGACGAACUGUGAAAACUGGGCAGACGACGGGCUGAGCUGGUUAUGAUGUGGGCUAUUGAUCAGUGGCAAGGAUUUUCAUAUCACCUUGUGUCUAUGAUAGAUAAUUUUUUUAGUGUAGAAUUGGAAUAUGACAGAUAAAUUAUGAACUUGCAGACCUAAGCG